GAGAUAGGAAGAGAGAAAAAACAGGAAGAGACCCUACGGCCACCUUCAGUCGCAUCGCGCGGACAACGAGAUCCCGGCGGCCGGGUCACCGACGGCGGUAUCCAGGAGCGUGCCAAGCGCGCCCCGAGAUCUCGCUGAUCGUCGUCCUCGUCCGCGCCGUGGGAGUUCCAAGUCCGUCGUUGCCGCUGGUCGGGGUCGCGAACCCCUUCCACGGGCGGCGGCGGCGGCGACAAAUCGGUUACGGCGCGCGGGGCGGCGGUCGACUAAUUCCGGCGGGAGAGAGGAGGAGGCCGUUCUCGUUGGCGUCGUCGCCACCGUCGUUCCCGUUCUUCCUUGUCGAGUUCCUGCUAUCUCUACUCCGUCUACAAUCUUUGGCGAUUGGUUUUGGGGGAAGGAAGGUGAUUGGAUUGAAAUUUAUGAUUCAUAGGAUUUAUAUAUUGAUGACCGCACAUCCUGAUAUGUUUGCAACCCAGUGAAUUCCGUUUGAGUACUAUACAUGUUGACUGUGAUUGGGCAAAUUCUGCAUUAGAUUUUGCUGAUAAAAUUGGACAUCAAUUGUCUGCAAAUUAUGGAGCACCUCCCGGUUGAAGUUAUUGGCAACAUUCUUGCACAUCUUAGUGCUGCACGAGAUGUCAUGGUUUCCUCUGCGGUUUGCCGGAAGUGGCGGGAGGCCUGCAGGAAGCAUCUCCAUUCACUGUCCUUCAAUUCAGACGACUUUCCUCGGGACAUGACCACACGUCAACUGGAGAUCAUCAUCACACAGACUAUAUUCCAGACGAUGGGACUGCAAUGCCUCUCUAUUCAUAUAGAUAACACACAUGAGUUCUCCGCAGCGCCUGUGAUUGCAUGGCUAAUGUAUACCAGGGAGACGCUCCGGUGCCUGUAUUACAACAUUCAAACCAACCCUAAUGUAAACAUCCUGGAGAAGUGUGGUAGACAGAAGCUGGAGGUGUUGGAUUUGGACCAUAACACAAUCACCGGUGUUGAACCAAGCUACCAGAGGUUCACUUGUCUUAAAUCCCUUUAUUUGAGGCAUGUUAGCAUUUCUGCCCUGGAUUUGAGCCUUCUAGUUGCUGCUUGCCCCAAGAUCGAGUCACUGGCACUUGAUGUCCUUGAGAUUGUCACUUCUGAUUCGCAGUCUACAAUGGAAUUAACAAGCCAUACCUUGAAAAGCAUCUUUGUAAAAACAGUUGGCGUGGAUAAGAUCAUACUUGAUGCAGAUAAUCUGGAGGUCCUGCACCUGAAUGCUUUGAACCUUGAUCUCUUUGAGCUCUCUGGGAAGGGUACACUAAAGCAUCUCAAGAUUGAUGAUGUGAGUGUUACACAUUUGGAUAUUGGGGAGAGUACCGAUCAUCUGGAGGUUGUGGAUGUGAGUAACUUUAUGAUAGUCUGGCCAAAGUUCUACAAUAUGAUAUCUAGAGCAUGCAACUUGCGGAUGCUACGUUUCUGGGGUGUUGCGUUUGAUGAUGAUGAUGAGAUUGUGGACUUGGAGACUGUUGCUGUUGCAUUUCCUCUUCUAAGGCAUCUUUCACUAAGUUAUGAAUUACGAGAUGGGCUACUGCAAGGAUUAUCACCACUGGAGAAUGUUUCGGUUCUGGAACUUGGUUGGACAGUAAUAAGUGAGCACUUUGGACCCUGGGUGUUUGGAAUGAUUGAAAGGUGUCCAAAUCUCAAGAAACUUGUCAUUCAUGGUGUUCUUUCUGAGGCAAAAACACGCGAAGAGCGCAAGAUGUUAGCAACCUUCACCUCUUUUAUAGUUUGUCUCAUGAGGAAGUAUGUGCAUGUGGAUGUGCAAUUUGAGUAUGAGUGAUCAGCCACUAGGUCAAGUGGGCAUUCAUCAUCCUUGUUCCGUUCAACUCUUGCCAUCAGGAAUAUCACCUCAUCGUUUCGACUUAAAUACAACAGGAUAAACUGAUAGGGCAAAGUUUUGUUCUUAUAUUGAUCUAAUCUAGUAGUGUUAGCGCCUCUCAUCAUGCAGUCCAACAUAGAUAAAUUUAUGCUUAAUGUUUUUUUAUGCAUCUUGCAGCUUUGCUUCUGAUCCUACUUCGUGACGAGCAUAUAUAUUUUAUACCAUCGGACAUGGUUAAAGAAAGCUCGAGACCACCUAUUCACAAAAUUGCAGAUUCCUGUAUUUGCCCAUCGCAUUAUAGCACGGAUGGCAGAACCGGAUGCUAUUCCUUCUUCUGAGAAACCCUCUCCCUCUCUCCUGCUUCAUUUGUUCAGCUGUAGUGGAAUGAUUCAGUUGAGAUUUAAGUGCACAUCAUGUCAAACAUCUUUUGGAUAUUCAUGAGAUUAGAAUUUGGUUCGAGAUUCUCUUGAUAUAUGCUGUCAGAGUGCAAGUUUUUUGUAAACUAUACCAUUUAAAGCUUACAGUUGCAUGCCCUUAGUGGACCUUCUCCUCGGAAA